GAACUUUUACUUUUCGCGGACUUGGUCUUUUUUGGUUCGAACGACAGCCGGGAGAACGCGCUGCGAGCUCGAGGAUUCCACCUCCACUCCGCCUCCGCAAACGCGGCUCUGCGCGCCUGCUGUGCGAAUCCAGAGUCGUUCCCUCUCUAGGGAAAACAGGCUCUGCUCUUGUGCGUUUCUCCUCGUCUGUCUCCGACAUUUCUCUUCUUUUCUCUCCUUCUCCUCUCUUCUUUUUCUGCCCUCUCCCACCUCCCGUCGCUCUCGCAGCCGGUGCAUGCGGUCACCCUAGCGCGCUGCUUGGGUACUCAAGGACAUCCAUACAAACGAAUAAAAACUACCCAGAGUGCCUCCUCUCCCGAUCUCUUCCUUCUUCUCUCACUCCUGCUCGGUUUCUUUCUGUCUUCUCUCGUCUCCACCGGCGACUUGCUGAUCUCUCUCCCCUUCUUCUCCAUGAUGUUCCGCUUCCUGCCGCGGGUCGCCUCUGGGGCCUCGUCCCUGAGCGUUUCUCAGAGGCGCCUGCGCGCUUCCUUCUCUUCUUCUCUCCAGUCUCGCGGCUUCUUCAGCGCAGCUCCAGCCGCAGCGACAGCUGGAGUUAGUCCUCUGGCUCGCUCCGUAGACGCGGCGAUCCCUGAAGAAGCGUUUAACCAGCCGCCCACGCUCACCACGACUCUCCCCAAUGGCAUUCGCGUUGCGACGCAGCGCCUGCCCUUCCACCAGACGGCGACGGUCGGCGUCUGGAUCGACAGUGGAAGUCGCUACGAUACGAAGGAGACCAACGGAGCUGCCCAUUUCCUCGAGCACAUGACUUUCAAGGGGACAAAGCGAAGGUCUCGAAUCCAACUCGAACAAGAGAUCGAAAACAUGGGUGCCCACCUCAAUGCCUACACGUCCCGCGAACAGACAGUCUACUACGCGAAGGCCUUCAAGAAAGAUAUCCCCCAGUGCGUUGACAUUCUCUCGGACAUCUUGCUGAACUCGACGAUCGACGAAGAGGCGGUCCAGAUGGAGAAACACGUAAUCCUCCGCGAGAUGGAGGAAGUCGAACGGCAAACCGAAGAGGUCAUCUUCGAUCGCCUCCACACCACGGCGUUUCGAGACAGCCCCCUGGGGUAUACGAUUCUGGGUCCCGAGGAGAACAUCCGGAACAUGACGCGCGAGCACAUUUUGGAGUACAUCAACCGCAAUUAUACGAGCGACCGGAUGGUAGUUGCAGCAGCGGGUGACGUCGAUCACAAAGAGUUGACGGCGUUGGUGGAGAAGCAUUUCGCUGGCUUGCCGCAGCCGAAGAGAAGCAAGAUCAUUCUUCCGACCGAGAAACCGUUCUUCUGCGGCUCGGAACUUCUUCACAGAAACGACGACAUGGGACCGACUGCUCACGUCGCUGUCGGCUUCGAAGGCGUUCCCUGGAAGUCGCCCGACGCCGUGACCUUCAUGUUGAUGCAGGCGAUCGUGGGCAGCUACCGGAAGCACGACGAAGGCAUCGUGCCUGGAAAAGUUUCGGCCAACGCGACUGUGCGAAACGUCUGCAACAAAAUGACGGUCGGAUGCGCAGACAUGUUCUCUGCGUUCAACACCUGCUACAGCGACACUGGCCUCUUCGGCUUCUACGCCCAGUGCGACGAAGUAGCUCUCGAGCACUGCGUCAUGGAAAUCAUGUUCGGCAUCACUUCUCUCUCAUACGCUGUAACUGACGAAGAAGUCGAGCGCGCGAAAGCACAGCUGAAAACGCAGCUGCUCGGUCACCUGGACUCCACGACGGCAGUGGCAGAAGACAUCGGUCGGCAGAUGCUGGCGUACGGACGCCGCAUGCCGCUCGCCGAAUUCUUGAAGAGACUGGAGGUGAUCGACGCCGAAGAGGUCAAGCGCGUUGCGUGGAAGUACCUGCACGAUGCUGAGGUGGCGGUCGCCGGCCUAGGCCCUCUGUUCGGGAUGCCUCAGCUCAUCAACCUCCGCCGCGCUACCUUCUGGCUGCGUUACUAAAAGACGACGCAGCCUUCUGCAGACGCAGCGUUUUCCAGCGUCUCGGCAGCUAAAGCUCACACGACGGCGACGCAUGCGACAGAAGCCGCGGAAGACUGAACGUUCUCGCGUUUCGAAAGGACCGAGCUCCCGUCGCUCCGAAGAGAACGGGGGGAAGCCGGGGAGACUGUAUCCCGUUGCUCUCCUCGCCUCGAGGUCUGCAGAACUUUGAAGAAGAGGUCAUGUUCGUUUUAUGCGUUCGCCGUUGCGCAGACGGAGGACGGAGGGGCAAGGCGGCGUUGACAGAGGGAGCUGGGCGGACCCAGGGGAGAGACGUUUCGAAUGAGAAGUACAUCGGAGCGCGCGACAGCGACCGGGAGAAGCAGUGUACAGACAGCUCGACGCCAGGCGUCGGUGUGCGCGCAGUUCUGUUGCUUUCCGUUUCUUAUCUGUUUCGCCUCCCCGGCUUCUUCCACGCGUUUUUCCACCUGUCGUGUGGUGUUUCUUCUCUCCUUUGAACCUCGCCGCCUACGCGUUCCUCAAGGGUCGCUGUCGCGCUCAGUUUCGCGUGUGGUUUCGAGUUCCUCGCGAUCUCUUCUUGCGUUCUCGAAAUUGCCGAGAGGGCAAAUGUGACGACGCUUCUCGUUCAACUCAACACUGUCGACAUCUGGACGGACGCCGCGCCGGACACGCAAGACGCACUGGGGGCAGUAAACGUUCACUCGAGACCGCUGCAGCCUCUACGGUCGCGGGGGGCGUCGUUCGCAGGCGCUUCGGACGCCUCGCGAGACUCCCUGAGCCGUGACUCAGCGCGAUCCUCUGACUUAACUGUGCGUCGCUGACAGCCGGUCGCGGAGGACUCCUGGGUCCUCCCAAGGAGCGCUUCUUCAGCGAAAGUGAACUCUUUCGCGCUCCCCUCGCGCAGAAGGCGCGCGGGCGGCAAACGCUGCUGUGAGACAACGCCGAGUCGCUUCCAAGAAAGCCAUUCUUGAGAGACAGUCGUCACACACCAACAUCGAAACUCAGCAAAGUCGCCGCAAACCACAACGCUGAAAAAGGCGACGCGUGCGUCCCUACCCCGUCCUGCCCAAAGAGAUUGUUAGACCCAAC